AACAAAUUUUUUCUAUUCUGGCAACGAAACUACUUUUGCUCUGAUAACGAAUAAUUUGUAAAAUUAGUUACGUCACCUGAAUUUCUUGAUGUCAUUAUAGCUACGAGUAGCAACGACGAUUUUGCUAAAAGAGCAAAAUUAUUUUUUUCCGUAUGUAAAACAACGGACGGGACAGGUGUGUCGAGAUUGGACUUCUAUGACCGUCGUCGUGCAUUCGUGGUUGCAGCCGAGAGCCGUAUUGUCGACGUCGUGGACGCAUCGGCAAUGUUUCCGACGAAAUCGACGGACACCCUUAUAUGCCGCGGCAUUGGCCGUAACGCGAAGUAGGGGCGAAGGCCCGUCUCGAGGGAAAGUACUCUUAUUUAAUGGACAUGAAUAAAGAGCGAGGCUGGAAGAGAGAAAGAGAGAGAGCAGGAGAAAGCAGAGCAAACUGCGUGACACACGGCGAACAAAAGCUGCUGAGAUCCACCCUACUUCGGUAGAUAUCGAGUGGCGUUAAUGGCAUCUUCGCGACGGUGUAAUGGGAUCUUACCUAUCAGCUGUGGGCCCCCGCUAUUAUUUUCAUAAUUUCGUAUAUAAAGAGCGAAUAUCAGAGAUGAGAGUGACCAGUGUGACGGCGGUGGUUCGUGCGAGACGAUCGUCUUCCCCGGGAAGGAUGAAGCUCCUUAUACUCUGCGUGCUGGUGCACGGUCUGGUGGCGGAGGAGCCCGGGCAGGUGCUGUCGAUCGGUCGUUGGAAGGAGCAAGACGUCGCGCCGGACUUCCUGCUCGGCGACGAGCACGACGAGAUCCCCGGGGGCAACCGGAAUUCCGUGUACGGGGAGAAGCGCAGCUACCGUUCCGAGGGACUCACCGAGCAGGUUAAACGGAUCGCCGGCGCGGAGGACGUCGGCCUGCAGCCGCGUCUCGUAACGAGAUCUCUGUGCACCUGCGAGACGCAGUACGAGGUCAGGGAUCUCGGCGAGGGACAUUAUCCGAGAUACUUAACUGCGUCGCGCUGCAAGCCGAAAGCCUGCCAGAGCAAGUUCAAUUCCUGUCGACUGCUGCACUACAUGGUUCACAUAUUGAGCCAGCGCGAUCUGAGCGGAUUAAACGACGACCACUACUCGGACGAGAACGGACUGCCGGAAACGCCACUUCCGGAGGCCCUCCGCCACAAGUGGCGGCUGAAGCCGAUGUCGAUCGCCGUUGCGUGUGUGCCGGCGACAGAUAGAAGAAAUUAAUGUACGCACGGCCACCUCGUACGUGUCCAGGAGACCGAUCGAAGAGGAGGUGGAGGAGGAGGGGAAGGAUGAGGAGGAGAAGGACGAGGAGGAGGAUAUUGGAUCUAGCGGCCUCCUGCAUAUCGAUCGCGCUCCAGGACGUUGGGUGACCGACGACAGCUGACGAACAACGAACGGAACGCGCGAGUCUCUGCUUUAAUCGAAAUGCUUGCACGCCGCAGAACGUGCAAAAUGAACGUGUAAAGAUGUGUAAAUGAAUAAUUACACUGUGUACAUCACAUACUGCGUGUGGUCUUCGCACUCUGAUUGACCCGUCACAGCGAUCCCGCUUGCGAAAGCGCAGAAACGGUUCGCGAAUUCACGCGGUCGUAUAGUCAGAAGAAUAUAACCUCAUCCUGGGUGGGAUUCUCUUUGUGCGCGAUCCCAAGAAGAAUUCCUCUUUAAAACUAAAAGAUUCCAAGCGCAAUAUUAACAAUAUUACUUUGUAUUAGAAGAGGAAUGUUUCUACGGUGAAAGUUUGUCGCUUAGGCCAAGUUCCACAACAUCAGUUUAAUUUUCACUACUAGUUAAGUACCAAUAGUGGUUGGUUAAUUCUGAUUAACUCUUCUUAAUGUCAAAUGAGAUUGGUCAAGUUCAAUAGAAUAACCAGCCAGUUAAGGGGAUGCUGAAGCUAAAAACUUUAUCGACAGAACGCUGAUAUUUUUCUGCAAAAUUU